AAGGAAGAUGGCGGACAACAAAGACGAGGAGGAUAUGAAACCCUCCAGUAAUUCGGACUCGGUGCCUUCAGCCCAGGACAACGAGCAGCCGGAGACGAAGGAGGAGAACGCGGUUAUAAUCAUAGAGGCGGACGUAAAGGGCAGCGAGGAAACAGGGCCCAAUGAAAACACUAAGGAGGCACCGACACCCACCAGCGACGGGGGAGACGCUAACAGCGGCUCGAGUGCUGGAGCCGAGUCAAACGGUCGCGCUAGCAACGCUGCGAGUCCAACGACGACAAACGGUUCCGCCGCAGAGCCAUCGGCCGCUGAGGCUCCGACCGCCGGGGAUGCUUCCUCCGGCGGACUCGCUACUGAAAUGUCCCCCCCUCCUACCGCUCCAGCGGCCACGCCGGUAUCCACUCCCAUUAAUCUGCUGGAUACGUGCGCAGUGUGUAAACAAAGUCUCCAGUGCCGAGACUGUGAACCCAAACUUCUGCCUUGUCUUCACUCGUUUUGCCUCAAAUGUAUCCCGCAACCGGAGAGACAGAUCAGCGUGCAGGUCCCGGGUCCGCACGGGCAAACGGACACGCACAUAGUAAAUGUCAUGCGGUGUUCAGUGUGCCACCAGGACUACAAACAGAGUGACAUUGUUGAAAACUAUUUUGUCAAAGAUACCACAGAAGCAACCAGCACAUCUGAUGAAAAGUCUGCACAGGUGUGCACAAGUUGCGAGGACAACGCUGGAACUAUAGGCUUCUGUGUUGAAUGUGGAGAAUGGCUUUGUAAGACCUGCGUUGAGGCCCACCAGAGGGUCAAAAUUACCAAGGACCACAAGAUUCGCACAAAGGAGGAUGCUGAUGCCUCUGAGUCUGUUUGUACGUCAGGACAGAGACCUGUUUUCUGUCCCAUUCACAAGCAGGAACCAUUGAAGCUCUACUGCGAGACCUGUGACACUUUAACCUGUAGGGACUGCCAGCUUCAAGAGCACAAGGAGCACAGGUACCAGUUCCUCGAGGAAGCUUUCCAGAACCAGAAAGGCAUCAUUGAGACCAGUAUAGCCAAGCUCCAGGAAAAGAAAAACUACGUCCAUUACUCUGUUUCUCAGGUGCAAAGCAGGUUAAAAGAGCUUAAUGAGACACACAGGAAGGUGGAGCAUGAAAUCAAAAUUGCAGUGUUUACUCUUAUAAAUGAGAUCAACAAGAAGGGCAAGUCCUUGCUGCAGCAGCUGGAGAGUGUAUCCAAAGAGCGCACUAUGAGGCUUAUGGGUCAGCAUAAGGAUACCACUCAGCUUGCCCAACAGAUCAACCAUGUGCUCAGCUUUUGCCACUGGGCGAUCACAACUGGCAGCAGCACAGCGCUGCUUUACAGCAAGAGGCUGAUACUUUUCCAGCUUCGACAGCUCUUCAAAGCUAGACUGGAGCCAGCACCACAGGCCAAUGGAGUUGUGCGUUUCUUCUGUGACCCCACCUUCUGGGCGAAAAAUGUGGUGAAUCUAGGUAAUUUGGUCAUUGAGAAACCACCUCCAGCAGCGCAACCGCCCAAUGUGUUGGUAGGAGCACCGCCUAUUUCACCAGGCCAGAGUCAUCCCACCAAACACCCAGGACAGAUCAACCUGGCCCAGCUCCGGUUGCAGCAUAUGCAGCAGGCAGCCUAUGCACAGCAGAAACAGCACCACCAGCACCACCAACAACAACAGCAACAGCAGCAACAGCAGCAACAGCAACAGCAACAGCAACAACAGCAACAGCAGCAGCAGCACCACCAACAGCAGAUCCAACAACAGAUGCGCAUCGCCUCCCAACUGUCCCAGCAGCACGCCAGACAGGCCGGUCCACCCAUGGCUCAGCAGCAGCCUCCAAGGCUCAUUAGUAUGCAGCAGCUACCAAGAGGGCCUGGGGGUAUGAACGGUGGACCAGGCUCCCCAAUGUACCCUUCCUCCCACCACAUGCGCCUACCUGGUCCACCACAGGGCAGAAUGCCCACAGCCCAGCCAAGACUCAAUGGACAGCAGUACCCCCCCAUGAUGCAGCCUCAGCUACAGCGACAGAUGUCUAUAGAGUCUGAGAUGAGCCACCCAAGGUUUCGUUUCUUACUACAAUCAGGGCAUUCCAACCCAGGGCACGCAGGACCUUUCCCGGUGGCUUCCCUCCAUAAUGCCAACCCCACAAGUCUGACCAGUGCCAGUAUGGCUGGUGCCCAUGCUCACCGAGGGCCUGCCAGUCCCGUCAUAGGUCCCAUCGAGCUCAUCCCCUCCGUUACAAAUCCUGAGAACCUGCCCUGCCUACCUGAGAUCCCACCCAUUCAGCUAGAGGAUGCCGGUUCUAGCAACCUUGGAAACCUCCUGUCUCGCUACAUCACAGCCAGCACACAGCACCAGCUGGGCUCAGUAGACAUGAAUGCCUCACCUGGACUGUCUACACACUCUCCUGGAUCUUCAGGUCUGUCAAAUGCCCACACACCAGCACGACCUUCAAGUACAUCCAGCACAGGGAGCAGAGGCAGCUGUAGCUCUGCAGGGAGGGCAGGGCCAGGCACUGGAGCUGCCGCCGACCAGGUGAGGGUGAAGCAGGAGCCGGGUACCGAAGAAAGCUACAGUUGUCCAGCUUCUUCUCUGAAAACAGAGCGCAGCAAAGAGGGCGGGAGGAGUGCCUGCAUGAUGAGCAGUCCUGAGGACAGCCCCCUCCCUGCAUUAGGACUCGCAGUCCAAGAUGCCUUCAAGUCGCUGGGGGACCUCAUUAAAACAGAACCCCAGUCUGAGACACCUUGUUCUGAAACGAAUGGCUCCUAUGCAGCCACAUCAUCAUCUUCCACUUCCACUAUGACCUCCACUACCUCAUUCCCUGAGAACAAAAGCAGCACGACAGGCCAGCCGCUCACUAAUGGAAAUGGAGACAAGAUAACUGAUAGCAAUGCAAGCACAGUGUCUGCUGGAACAGGCAAUCCUGCUGGGAAAGAGGAUGAUCCCAAUGAAGACUGGUGUGCUGUUUGUAUCAACGGUGGUGACCUGCUGUGCUGCGACCACUGUCCCAAAGUGUUUCACAUGAAAUGCCAUGUACCCACCAUAAAAAUCUUCCCGAAGGGCGACUUCCUCUGCACUUUUUGCCGGAGCCUAUCGAGCCCUGAGAUUGACUACUGUGAUGACAGCAAGAAAAUUCAAGGCGAGAGGAACCUGAAUCCCCAGGACCAGAGGAGAUGUGAGCGCCUCCUGCUGUACAUCUUCUGUCAUGAGCUCAGCGUUGGCUUUCGGGAACCUGUGCCUAGCUCUGUGCCCAAUUACUACAAGAUUAUCAAGCAUCCCAUGGACCUGAAGAAGGUGAAGAAGAAGCUGCAGUUACGAAGCUCCGAGUACUACAAUUCCAUUCUGGAGUUUGUGGCCGAUAUGCGCCUUAUCUUCAACAACUGUGCAAAGUACAAUGAGAUGUCUCGAAUAAUCCAGGUUUAUGAUGAGGAGAAACAGAUUAAUACACAGGUGGAAUCAGAGAUGGCGAUCUCCGGGAAGGCGGUGGGUCUGUACUUUGAGGAGAAGCUACAAGAGAUGUUUCCAGGUGAGAACUUCCCAGAAGUGCCCGAGCCAGAUCCCCAAGAUGAAAAGGAAAAGGAAAAGGAAGCGGAGAAAGAGAUGGAGAAGGAGAAGGAGAAGGAGAAGGAGGAGGACAAUGACACAGACGACAAUGAUGAGGACUUCAUACAGCCCAGACGCAAGCGAUUAAAAACUGAUGAGAAAGUGUUACACAUCAAGUGAGAACCAACCAACUCAAAAACAAGAGAGGUGAAAAACCGUCUUCCUCGUGUCCUCCCACUUUUCCAUUGUUUGAUGCAGCAAAAAGGACGAUUCGCUGUAUAAGCCGCUUGGUUUAUCUGAUCCUUGCCUUUAAAAGAAAUAUCAACUAUAUGUGAAGUCUGCCUUCAUCAGAACUCUCAAGGACAAAAACAUAGAGGAGCUGCCUUCCCUCCUUAUUUCAAAGACACUUGACUCGCCUGUACAGAUUUUGAAGUAGGACUUGUUUUGCAGUAGUUAACAAUUUGUCCUUUUUCUUUUCUAUCAUCCAUUUCAUUUGUAGAUUUGUUGUGACAAUUGCUUUAUGAAAAAUUUAAACCCUGUGUUCUGUUUAAUGUAUUAUAUAUAUCCUUUGACAUGAAACCUAUUGAGUAUUUGUAUGACUUUGUGAAAGAGUUAUGUAAAUAAGAGAAUCUGAACCACUGAAGCUACAGGAUAGAUGUUUGGGUGCUUCAUCAAUAAAACCUGUUCUUGAAAUAUAUCAAAGAAAAUGUGUGGCGUAAAGUAGGUUGGGGGUUUCCAGGGAGCAGGUUGCCUCAAAAACCAUGUUCUCACACGUGCCUCAUGGUAUCUGACCAUGUGUAAAGCUUUGAUCGAUCAGUCUAUCUGAAAUAUCAACAAACUUAUAAAUUGAUUUGUUUAUUUUGUUUGAAUAUGGCGAAGUUAUCCAAGCACAUGAAUACAGUUUGACUUUGGGAGGGAUUUUUCCUUAAAUUUACUUUAGAACCAUUCUGUCCACUUAAGAUUUAAUAUGGUAAUAGUCUCACUGAGCAAGAAUCCAGUGAAUAUACGAGCAAACCCUAAAGAAAGUGGUGUAUUUUAAUAUGAGGAAUCAAACUAUUCAAAUGUUAAGAUGAAUUUUGAUUUAAGGUUUAAUAUUUCCAAACUUUGUACAGUUUAAUUCAUUAAAAUGUGUAUGUUUGGAAAAGGUCCUGCUCAUUCUGAGCAGUUUACUAUUUAAUGGUUUAUACAAAGUAUUGAAGAAAUGUCUGUCAGUUUGUUUUUUGUUUGUUUUAGAGUUUUCCCGGAUACAUUGUGUAAGGAUGGAACAUGUGACAAGAGAUAACCCAAUACGUUUUGACACAGAUGUGGAUAAAGGGGCAAAUCUGGA